CACCACCACUGCUUCCACUAUGUCCGAUACGCCUAGACUCAUCGACUCGUUCACGGCGCCAAAAGACGUGCUGCAGGAGUUUCAAGAGCUCGCGGAGGAGGAAGAUGUCGACCCCUUCGCAGAGACAGCGUCCAAGCGUCAGAUCGCUUCCCGGCAGUCUGACUACCACAACCGUCGUUUCAAACGCCAGGCGCACGAGAGCGAGGAUGCCUUCAGGGCAGCGGAAGAGGGGCGGGAUGUUGAGGGAGGAUACAAGGAUGCGAUGAAGAUGCAGAUGCUAGAGAAGGAGGAGGAAAGGGUGCGGAGGGCGAUCGAAGAGAAAGAGAAGCAGGCUCGGGAGGAUGGUCAGGCGAAGAUGGACCUCGACAAGACGCCGCCCCGCGCGGAGAUCCAAGAAGCUGCGAAAGAGCUCGCGGGCACGAAGCGCAAGCGGCGUUGGGAUGUCGAGACUGAGGAGAAGGAGAACAAGACAGAGGCAAAGGGUGGUGAGUGGUCCAAGGAAGCUCUCGAGGAGGCUGCGCCUAAGAAGCGGAGGUCUCGAUGGGACGCUACGCCGGCGGACGUCAACGCUGCGGGCGAGACACCGAAGAGGUCGCGCUGGGACCUGGCUCCCGCCGCUGCGCCCGACACCCCGAUGCAACCCAUUAUCAUGAACGCGCCCGGCUUCAUGCACGAGGACAAGCACAACCGCUACCUCACGGACGAGGAGCUCGAAGCCAUUCUCCCUGCGGCUGGCUACGCUAUUGUCACCCCGCCACCGGGCUAUGCGCCUUUGGUCCGCCCACCCAAGUUCGCCACUCCUAGCUCGGAUGUCGGCGGCUUCCAAAUUCAAGAGAGCUCGGAUGCAGCGGCGGCGGCGGCGGCAGCAGGUCUUGCGCCCGAACUACCAACCGAGAUUCCUGGCGUAGGCAGCCUCGCAUUCUUCAAGGCCGAGGAUGCGCAGUAUUUCGCCAAGAUCCUCAAGGAGGAGGAUGAGACAGAGCUGUCCGUGGACGAGAUGAAGGAGCGCAAGAUCAUGCGGCUCCUGCUCAAAAUCAAGAACGGUACGCCUCCCGUUCGUAAAACAGCCUUGCGACAGAUCACCGACAAGGCGCGCGAGUUCGGCGCCGGCCCGUUGUUCGACAAGAUCCUGCCGCUGCUCAUGGAGCGUACGCUCGAGGACCAGGAGCGUCACUUGCUCGUCAAGGUCAUCGACCGGGUGUUAUACAAGCUCGACGAUCUCGUCCGGCCAUACGUCCACAAGAUCCUCGUCGUCAUAGAGCCUCUGCUCAUUGACGAGGACUACUACGCUCGUGUCGAAGGUCGUGAAAUUAUCUCCAACCUGUCGAAGGCUGCCGGUCUCGCGCAUAUGAUCUCUACCAUGCGCCCGGAUAUCGACCACGCCGAUGAAUACGUGCGUAACACCACCGCGCGUGCGUUCUCCGUCGUCGCCUCCGCUCUCGGCAUUCCCUCCCUUCUACCCUUCCUCAAGGCCGUCUGCAGGAGUAAGAAGUCCUGGCAGGCGCGUCACACCGGUAUCCGUAUCGUCCAGCAGAUUGCGAUCAUGAUGGGAUGCGCCGUCCUCCCUCAUCUGCGCAACCUCGUCGACUGUAUCGCGCACGGUCUUCAGGAUGAGCAGCAGAAGGUCCGGACGAUGACUGCGCUCGGCCUUGCUGCACUCGCCGAGGCAGCUGCGCCAUACGGUAUCGAGUCCUUCGACAACGUCCUUAAGCCGCUUUGGGUCGGUAUUCGUCUCCACCGCGGCAAGUCGCUCGCUGCCUUCCUGAAGGCCAUCGGCUUUAUUCUGCCCCUGAUGGAUCCCGAGUACGUGUCGUACUACAUCAAGGAAGUCACUAUCAUCCUCAUUCGUGAAUUCCAAACGUCCGACGAGGAGAUGAAGAAGAUCGUGCUCAAGGUCGUCCAGCAGUGCGCCGCGACGGAGGGUGUCACGCCGCAGUAUAUCAAGCAAGAUAUUCUACCCGACUUCUUCAAGGCCUUCUGGGUGCGGCGGAUGGCGCUCGACAGGAGGAACUACAGGCAGGUCGUGGAGACGACCGUCGAGUUGGCGCAGAAGUCCGGCGUCGCGGAGAUUGUCGGCAGGAUCGUCAACGAGCUGAAGGACGAGGCGGAGCCAUACCGCAAGAUGGUCAUGGAGACGAUCACGAAGGUCGUCGCGUCCCUCGGCGCAUCCGACAUCGACGAGCGUCUCGAGGUACGGCUCGUCGACGGUAUCAUCUACGCCUUCCAAGAGCAGACGACCGAGGACCAGGUCAUGCUGGAUGGUUUCGGUACCGUCGUCAACGCGCUCGGCAUCCGUGUCAAGCCAUACCUCACGCAGAUCGUCUCUACCAUCCUCUGGCGUCUCAACAACAAGAGCGCGAAGGUCCGUCAGCAAGCUGCCGACCUCACGACUCGCCUUGCUGUCGUCAUCAAGCAAUGCGGCGAGGACCAGCUCCUCAACAAGCUUGGCUUGGUGCUCUUCGAGCAGCUCGGUGAAGAAUAUCCCGAUACGCUGGGUAGUAUCAUCGCUGCAGAGGGUGCCAUCGCGAACGUUGUUGGUAUGACGCAGAUGAAUCCGCCAGUCAAGGAUCUCCUCCCUCGGAUGACCCCCAUUCUUCGUAACCGUCACGAGAAGGUGCAAGAAGCCACAAUUAACUUGAUCGGUCGUAUAGCCGAUCGUGGCGCUGAGUUCGUGCCUGCUCGUGAAUGGAUGCGGAUUUGUUUCGAGCUGCUUGACCUCCUCAAGGCACACAAGAAGGGCAUCCGGCGUGCGGCCGUCAACUCCUUCGGUUAUAUUGCGAAGAGUUUGGGUCCUCAAGAUGUCCUGCAAGUACUCCUCACGAAUCUGCGUGUGCAAGAACGUCAGAGCCGUGUCUGCAGUACGGUCGCCAUCGCCAUCGUGGCCGAGACUUGCGGUCCCUUCACCUGCAUUCCCGCGAUCCUGAACGAGUACCGGACAGCCGAGUUGAACGUCCGGACUGGUUGUUUGAAGGCGUUGUCCUUCGUCUUCGAGUACGUCGGCCCACAGUCCGCGUACUACGCCGAUUCCGUCGUCACGAUGCUGGAGGAUGCCCUCACCGACCGCGACCUCGUUCACCGGCAAACGGCAAGCACGAUUGUUAAGCACCUUGCGCUCGGUGUUGCAGGCCUCGGAUGCGAGGACUCCAUGCUACACCUGAUGAACCUCGUGUGGCCGAACUGCUUCGAGACGUCCCCGCACGUCAUUGGUGCAGUCAUGGAGGCUGUCGAGGCAAUGCGGGUGACUCUCGGCCCCGGCGUCCUACUGAGCUACGUCCUGCAGGGGCUAUUCCACCCGGCGCGGAAGGUCCGCGAGGUUUAUUGGCGUGUUUAUAAUUCCCUCUAUCUCGGUGCUGCCGACGCACUGGUGCCCUUCUAUCCUGACCUGGGCGAGCUCAGUGAGGGGCAGAACGUGUACGACCGCCAUCCCCUCCAGAUGUUUAUCUAAACUAUGCUGCGUAGCGUAUGCGUCUAAUGUGUAUUUGUAUUGUGUCCACUCUUAGGAAUGCAUCAUUGUGUGCUUGUUGUUGUCGGUGGUACAUGAUUGCGAACUGAAUAGAAGGCUUGAACAUAG